AUGGCACAUCCUACUGCUGACGAAGCCCAAAUCUUAAGUGCGUUAGAAUCGGUACUUGGUCAGAGAAGUUUUAGAAUGACCUUACCGCCCUUUAAUUACACCGAUCCAGAACUGUGGUUCUCACAAGUAGAGUUAGGUUUCGCGAGUGCCGGUAUUUCAUCAAACAUAAAAAAGUUCGAGAUAGUGGCCCAAAGCCUCGAAUCGCGAGUGGCGUCAGAGGUUCGCGAUUUAGUGGUAGCGGCUCCAAGCAACGACUCCUACACAUCAUUGAAAACGGAGUUAAUUAAACGGCUUAGCGCGUCUCAGGAAGAGAAAACUCGCCGCUUCUUAGAGAACGAGGAGUUGGGUGACCGGAAACCAUCUCAAUUUUUGCGGCACCUAAAAAGUCUCGCGGGUUCAACAGUCCCCGACAACAUCAUUCGCGCCAUCUGGUUCAAUCGACUACCGAACAACAUACAGCCUAUCCUUGCAGCCCAAAACAACAGUUCCUUGGAGGACGUGGCCGACCUAGCGGAUAAGGUAAUGAAUUUAUCCGUAGGGAAGCCAACAAUCGCAGCAGCAGCAACACCUUCAGCAAGUGCACCAUCUUCGAUAGCCGCCAUGCUAGCAGAACAAAUACAGCAAAUGCGGAUAGAAAUGAGUGCUGCAUUACAACAAGAAAUCGCAAAUUUUCGGGCCGAGAUUUCGGAACUUAGAACCAACCAGCUUCAAGCAGGAAACCCUCCACGUGCGCGCGAACGAUCAUAUUCUCGCGGACGCUCUUCUCUUCGCGGUCGCUCGAAAUCUCGCGGACGAUACGCCGGUGAAGGUAUCUGUUGGUACCACGAACAGUACGGGGCAAGUGCAAGAAAGUGUACGCGACCGUGCAAAUUCGCGGGUUCGGAAAACUACGCGGCCAGUCGUUAA